UUUCUCUCUCCUCUUCCAAACUCACAGAAAAUUAAAUGACGUUAACGCUUCGUUCUUCAACGUCUUUCAUUAAUCUUAAAGAGUACUCCAAAAGCCUGAAGAGCUCCGAUGAGUCCUCCGGUGUAGUUUGUUUUGCGCAAAUCAAGCCAUCAUGCCGCAUCCGGGCAAAGAGUUCCCUGCAAGAAGCACAGCUCUUCCAGGAAAGAAUCAGGGUGAGCACCACCACUGAUGAUCUCCCGAGGGAGUUGCUUCAUGCACUCCCAAAUAUAGCUCAUAGCAGCAAUAACAACGACUCCAAGAAGGUGCCUGUGUAUGUGAUGCUUCCACUAGACACAGUGACGCAUGGAGGGCAUUUGAACAAGCCAAGAGCAAUGAAUGUGAGUUUGAUGGCUUUGAAGAAUGCAGGAGUAGAAGGAGUUAUGGUGGAUGCUUGGUGGGGAUUGGUCGAGAAAGACGGACCUUCCAAGUACAACUGGGAAGGGUAUGCUGAGCUUGUGAACUUGGUCCAAAAGCAUGGCUUGAAGAUUCAAGUUGUCAUGUCUUUCCAUCAGUGUGGAGGAAAUGUUGGAGACUCAUGCAGUAUUCCACUGCCUCCAUGGGUGCUUGAAGAGAUAAGCAAGAACCCUGACCUUGUGUACACAGACAAAUCUGGCAGAAGGAAUCCUGAGUACAUAUCCUUGGGCUGUGAUUCAUUGCCUGUUCUCAGAGGAAGAACGCCCAUCCAGGUUUACACCGACUACAUGAAGAGCUUCCAUGACAGAUUCAGAGAUUACUUGGGAGACGUUAUUGUGGAAAUUCAAGUCGGUAUGGGUCCUUGUGGUGAACUCAGAUAUCCUGCUUAUCCAGAGAGCAAUGGAACAUGGAAGUUUCCCGGAAUUGGAGAAUUUCAAUGCUAUGACAAGUACAUGAAAGCUUCCCUGGAAGCAUCAGCAGAGGCACAAGGAAAGAGAGAUUGGGGAAGGACUGGACCCCAUGAUUCCGGCCAGUACAAUCAGUUCCCUGAAGACACCGGAUUUUUCAAAAGAGAUGGAACCUGGAAUACCGAGUAUGGACAGUUCUUCCUCGAAUGGUACUCAGAGAAGCUAUUAAGGCACGGAGAUAGACUCCUGGCAGCUGCAAAAGGAGUGUUCCAAGGAACUGGAGCUAAACUAUCUGGAAAGGUAGCUGGGAUUCAUUGGCACUACAGAACAAGAUCCCAUGCUGCUGAAUUAACUGCUGGCUACUAUAAUACUAGACUUAGAGAUGGUUACAUACCAACAGCAAAAAUGUUCAGCAAACAUGGGGUUGUAUUAAACUUCACCUGCAUGGAAAUGAAAGAUGGAGAACAGCCUGACAAUGCAAAUUGCUCUCCUGAGGGGUUAGUCCGGCAAGUAAAGAUGGCAACCAAGAGUGCUGGAAUAGAACUUGCAGGAGAGAAUGCACUGGAGAGGUAUGAUUCUGGUGCAUAUGGACAAGUUUUGGCCACAAGCAGAUCAGAUUCCGGCAAUGCGUUGAGUGCUUUCACAUACCUAAGAUUGAAUAAGAGAUUGUUCGAAGGGGACAACUGGCGGAACAUGGUUGAAUUUGUGAAAGGCAUGGCUGAAGGUGGCCGGAAUGAAAGGCUGUCAGAGUGCGACUCCACUGGCACCGACCUUUUUGUCCGUUUUAUCAAAGAAAAGAAUGUGCAGGAAGAAAAGGAAACUGUUCUUGUGUAGAAAAUUUGCUUAAGUGCAUCUUUAUGUACAAACAGAGUAUCUGAGUAGAAAGUUAAUUACUGUAAUAUAGCGAGAAAAAAAAAAUCGCUAGGGAGAGAGUGAGGGAUUAAAGGAGUACUUAAUUAUAAGCAAACCAUACUUGGCAUCAGAUGCAAAGGCCUAUGAUGGUUAAACAAUUCCCUGUAUAUGUCUCCAUUACCUGAAUGGUCAAUUGAUGUUCAUUCAAACCA